GAUAUUGUGUGAGUGGAUUAUAGUGUCUGUUGACUGUGUAAGUGUAUGUACUCAUAAUGGAGGAAGACGAUAAUGUUAUUGACGAUAAUUUUUCAUCUGAUGAAGACAAUGAGUCGAGUUCGAACAGUUCUAGCGACGGUGAAGGCGGCAUCCCCCACCCCCAGUGGGCUGACACGGCCAGCGACAUGGCUGGUUUACGUGACCUGCCGUUUACUGGUCAACCUGGCUUGCUCGUUCCCAUUCCAGGUGACAAUAAACCAAUUGACUGGUUCAAUCUCCUUCUUGACACCGUGUUUUUAGAGAAUAUUAUUAGACAAACCAACUUGUAUGCCCUGGAACUAUUUUGUGGCCCCACCACUACUCCCGCGUCUCGCAUAACCAAAUGGAAGGACUUAGUGUUGGCCGAACUAAGAACAUUCUUAGGCCUUCUACUGUUGACUGGCAACGUCAGAUUGAAUCGAUUGAACGAUUAUUGGAAAACUCAUCGGUUGUUGAACUUUCCUAUGUUCAAGGAGUACAUGUCUCGAGAUCGAUUUCUUGGCAUUUUGAGAUGUCUGCAUUAUUCAAGAGUUGAUACCCCUGAUCACCCUGAACCUGCUAACAACCGGUCUUUUAAAAUUCAAAAUAUUGUUGAAUAUUUCAACAAUAAGAUGCGACAGAUCUAUUAUCCCGACCGUGAACUGACAAUCGACGAAGAGAUGGUACUGUGGCGUGGCAGACUGGUCUUCCGCCAGUACGUAAAGGGCAAGCGCCACAAAUAUGGGAUCAAAAUUUAUUCCCUGAAUGAACCCGAGGGACUCAUGCUGCGCUUCCAUGUUUACACGGGGAGUCAUGACUCUUGUAGUGGCAAAGGUCAUACCGUCAAAGUCGUCAUGAAGCUGAUGAGGGACUUCCUGGGGAAAGGCCAUUCCCUGUUCAUGGAUAAUUUUUAUAAUAGUUUUGUCUUAUCAUCCAAACUUUUACGUCAUUCAACCUACACUACCGGCACCCUACGCAUCGACAGACUCCAUACACCUCCAGCGGUGAAGGCAAAGGCAUUGGGCAAAGGUGAAAACGAUAGCAAACUAUGCCCAAAGUGUCAUGAUUGGAAAAUGGAGGGAUAA